GCCCCCAAAGCUGGGUGGGGCAGCCCCAACGGCAGCGCGACCCCCAACGGGAUGGUCUCUAGCCGGUCGGGGGCCACCACCGUCCUCCUGAGCCCUGGCUACCUGCAGGGCCCUUGCCAAUGUAACGCGUCUAUAAAGAGCGUAAGUGAAGUAGCGUUAGCCAUGCCAGUGUCAGCAGGGUGGACCGACGAGUCGCCGGCGACGGGCCCAUCCGAUGGCCUGUCGUGGAGGCGGCUGCACAUGUCGCGAGCCAAGCUGAAAGCUACGGCCACCACCUCCGAACUGCUAUCAGGCUUCGCCAUGGUAGCAAUGGUGGAACUCCAAAUCAACGAGCCGACGAACGUGCCAGAAUGGCUCUUCGUAAUGUUCGCUGUCUGCACCACUGUGCUGGUCGCAGUCCAUAUCUUUGCACUCAUGAUCUCCACCUACCUCCUGCCGAAUAUCGACGCGGUGAGCAAGAUGGAGACUCCUGGGGGCCCGGCGAGAGCCCUGAGGGACUCCCCUCACGAACGCAUGAGAGGCUUCAUAGAGCUCGCGUGGGCAUUUAGUACAGUUCUUGGUCUAUUCCUGUUCCUGGUGGAGAUUGCGAUCUUGUGCUGGGUGAAGUUCUGGGACUACUCAUUCGCGGCCGCUACGGCUGCCACCGUCAUCGUUAUACCAGUGCUAAUCGUCUUCGUAGCUUUCGCGAUACAUUUCUACCACUCACUCGUAGUGCAGAAAUGCGAGACGUCAGUCCAGGACAUCGAACAGCUGGAAAGCAUGAAGCGAGACCUGGACACGGCUACCGUUAAGGUCAACAUGUUUUAGGACUUAUUACCUAGGACAUAAGGACGUAUCUGUGGCGAAAACAAAACCUUGUGGAGACACUGAAACCUGUAGGAUCUAAACAGUUGGUCAGGAAUUGUAGCCUACAGUUCGAAGGCAAAACAAAAACCUAACGCAACAGUGGCACAGAUGAUAUAAAAUUACAAAUAAAAAAAUCUCAAGAGUAACACUCAAAAUUUAAAGUGUCACGAAUAUUUUGUAAUCUAAAUUAAGACGAUGGAUCUAAAAAUCACAACGACUCGAAUCGAAUUAAAUAAAAUGGAUUUCAAAUCCGUUAUUGAUAUUUUAGUUGGUAAGUAAAGCACCCUUUGUUGGGUCUAGUUUCAAAGAUAUUGAAUACCUUAACAGUGCAUCUGGGGUAUUCAAUAUUGUUGCUACUUUUACUGUUUCUUCCAUGGAAAGUGAUAUUGUGAUUCAUUUUAGGUAUAAUUAGGCAUUACUGCAGGCAGCUAGUUAGUAAAUCGUAAUUUUGUUAGUCUCAAAGAUGUGUUAAUUAAUUUAUGUAAAUAAAAUAAUAUUGUUAUCUUUUAGUAAAACUUAUGUAAAAGACAAACGAAUAACUCAAAAAUAUCAUGGACACUGAAUUGAUAUGUCACAUUAUAAUUUUUUUAUAAUUAUCUUAUUCUGAAAAUGUAAGAGAUUUUAUACUUUGUACAACGAUCAUGUGGUUGACUAGACUACGGAUUUUUGCUAAUUUAAACAAUUGCCUUAUGGUUAAUUUUAUUGUUUAACAUGGAAUUGAAAUUAGAUUAAAUAUUAAUUUAUGUACUUAGAUAUUGUGAACGUUUAUGUACUCAGUAUUUAUUAUUAUUUAAAACAAUUUCAAAAUGGUGCAAAAUUUCUUAGACGUAAGUUAUAUAGGGUGCUAUAAAACACAAAAAAUAGUACAAUAAAAACAGAAUAAAAUUGAAAAAGUGGAUCUGAAAAUGUGUAAAAUUCCAGGUCACCAAAGAGUCUUCCAAAAUAUUGACUUUUUCCAUAUUAAAAGACUGCGUUAGGGCUUUUAAUUUCAGUUCUAGUUUCUUUUAAGAAAAUAAAUUAAUACAAUAAACUUAAAUUAGGUAAUUCAUAAUGUGCUUACCUAAAUGGUGUAGCGAUUUAUUCUGCUAUUCUACGACGAAGUGAGGUGAGAUCACUGCGUACGCGCACGCUUUUCGGAACCAAAAUUCGCUUAAGAAAAGUAAGAAAUAGUACACGCAAGUCAAUUAUACCUUCUUUACCAGAUUUUGCGGUAAAGACAAGAUUUGACGUCACUAGUUCGCGAAUCGCGAAAUUUUUGUCUUAUUUCUAUUGAUGAUUAAUUGUGUCAACUACCACCCCGCGGGUAGAUGGCGAUGGAGUGUAAAAUAACUCUUAUGAAGGACUAAACAAGAUCGAUAUUGUGAUAUUUUGGAAACAUGAUAUUUUAAAAUGUGAGUAAAAUAAGUUUAAUUCUACAGAAGUUAUCGCUAGCGGCGAUGAUGACAAUGUAUUAAUUUAUAUCAUAGUAUGUAUACCUAGUUAGUUAUUCUGACCCAUGUGUUGUAAUAGUUAAAUAAAAGAUGAUAAUGUAAUUUGUUAAUAAAGUAAAAUUUAUAAUAUUCCA